ACCAUUACUAAAGCUUAAAUAUUGGUAGCGAUUAGCAGCCACACCCCAACAAAUUCCAGUUUCCGUUUUCAAAUUUCGGUUUGCUUGUUUCCAACGUACUUCAAACCAACGGUCAAAAUCUAUCUAAACUCUACCUAAAAAAAAUGAGACAAAUGAUAUUACAUACGUCUUCAUACAUUAAAAUACAAGAAAACACAUUUUCACAGACAUUACCUGGUACCAAGCUAAGCUGCACAAGGCUGACACUUUUCGUUAUAGGUAGUAAGAUUAUGGAAAUGCAAAGAUUAACACACCUAACUGUUGCUUUUGUUACCUGUAUUAUUGUACCUUUUUGGUAUAAAUACGAACUAAAUACGUCGGAGCUGUGUCAGUCUAGUUUGUUCUCUCACUCGAAACACUGUGCUUAAUAAAUCCACAAAAAACCAUGAAGAUCGUACUGGUAGCAACUGUUCUGUUGGGAUACUGUGCAUCGCUCAACAAUGCUGGAAUGUAUCACUACAAUAAGCAACCGGGAGGACCUCCGCCAUCCCAUCCACAAUAUCUGCCCAAUUACGAUGUCCCUCCGGUGCAAAAUUACGAGCCGGUUAAGUAUAAUUCCUGGGAAAAUGUGCCGUGGAAACCGAUCACAAAUUUCCCCUGGCCCGGACCGGAACACGUGCAGGAGGUAUAUUAUCCACCACAUUAUCAUGCCGGUUCAACAACGCCGUGCCCGUACAAGAUGCAUCACGUGACGAAGGUUACAACCACUACCACACAUAAGCCAACAACUACGACGACCACCACUACCCAUCGUCCGGUGGAGACGAAGAAGCCACAUCUGCUCGAGAAGCUGCCCAACACUCACAAGCACAAUGCGCAUUGAUCGAAAUGACGAAAUAAAAUGAUUUGAUUCGAUUUCUCCUCAAAAUCUGGCUGUUUCUUCUUGAUCCUCGAUAUUGGAUAAAAAGAAAAUCUUCAUAAAAGUGUUGCUGCCCCAUUACUCUUUCUUACAGGGUACACAAACCAACCCAGAACUGUUUCCAAUACCUGACAUAAACUUAUGUUAAGCUUGUUUCAGUUUACAAUAAAACCAACGACGUUCAGUACUGUA